CUUCGGCUGCUUUUCUUUCUCUGCUCGGGGCGCCUCUAGGGGAACAUAAAUCCGGCGCUUGCGUGAAGACUCACCUGCACACUUAAACUUCUUGAAAGUAACCUCCAUUUUCUGAAGCCCUGCAGCCUCGCCUUCUACCGCCUGAGUUUUCGUAAGUUGCAAUAAUGUUGGGAAGCGGGAAGUCACCGGCUACCAAUCCAAAAGAGCAGUGGAGGAAAGUGGCUGAGAAGACGGUGGAGCCCGGCAGAAGACAAGGGCUGCAGGAGAACGAUGACAUUCGCCUCAUGAUGCAGGGCUCCAACAUGGUGAAAGUUCGCUCCUCGAGGUGGCAGAAGAGCCGAAACCUACGGCUGCUAGAGGACGGACUCACUGUGUGGUGUGAAUCCACAAAGAGCUCCCGCAAAGCCAAAGCCCAGCAGACCUUCGCAGUUACAGAAGUGGAGUGUGUGCGUGAAGGCUGCCAGUCCGAGGCGCUGAGGCGGCUGUCAGGGUCAGUGCCGGAGAACCAGUGCUUCACAGUGGUCUUCAGAGGAGCAAGGAAGAGCCUGGAUCUGCUGUGCCCCUGUGAGGAAGAAGCCCAGCGCUGGGUGCGAGGCCUUCGCACUUUAAAGGAGCAUGUGGCCAACAUGACUCAGAAGGAAAAACUGGACCAUUGGAUCCGAGGCUAUCUGAGGCGAGCAGACCAGAACCAGGAUGGCAAAAUGAGCUACGAUGAGGUCAAGCGCCUGCUACAAAUGAUCAACAUUGACCUGAGUGAGCAGUACGCUCGCUCUUUAUUCAAGAGGUGUGAUCGGUCUGGGGAUGGUCGUCUGGAUCACAUAGAGAUCGAGGAGUUCUGCAGAGAGCUCCUGAGGCGGCCUGAGCUGGACGCCGUGUUCAGGCACUAUUCUAGUAAUGGUUGCGUGCUCGCCACAGCUGAGCUGCGAGACUUCCUGGGAGACCAAGGGGAAGACGCCUCACUGAAUCAUGCUCAGAGUCUUAUCCUCACCUAUGAGCUUAAUGACUGGGCUAAGAAGAAUCAGUUCAUGACCCAGAAUGGCUUCACCAUGUACAUGCUGUCCUGGGAGAAUGAUGUGGUGAACCCUGACCAUGCCAGAGUCUACCAGGACAUGAGCCGUCCCUUGGCACACUACUUCAUCUCCUCGUCCCACAACACUUACCUUACUAAGGACCAAGUUACGAGUGCGAGCAGCACUGAGCCCUAUAUCAGGGCUCUGAAUCAGGGUUGUCGCUGUGUGGAGCUGGACUGCUGGGAUGGAGAUAAAGGUGAACCCGUCAUCUAUCACGGCCACACUCUCACCUCCAAAGUGCCUUUCAAGGAGGUCAUUGAAACCAUCAACCAAUACGCCUUUAAGGCGUCCCCAUACCCUCUAAUCCUGUCCUUGGAGAACCACUGUUCUGUGGAGCAGCAGGCCGUCAUGGCCAAACACCUCCGCACCAUCCUGGGGAGCAAACUGCUCACGAAGCCCCUCGGUGACCAGCCGCUGAAGGAUCUGCCUUCUCCUGAGGAGCUAAAGGGGCGCAUUCUGGUUAAAGGGAAGAAGCAGACUCCUCACCUGGGCCAGCUGGGUAAGAAUGGGAGCUGUGCCAGCUUCUCCUCGAGCUCUGAGGACGAACUAGCAGGCAGCAAUAAGAACACGCCCAAGAAGGAUCCGGCAAAGGUCUGCUCUAAACUGAGCCCGGAGCUUUCAGAUCUGGUGUUGUACUGCAGGAGCGUCCCCUUCCGUGGGUUUGAAAACAUAUCAGAAAAACCCUCAAACGAGAUGUCCUCCUUCUGUGAGAGUGAUGCCCUGAAGCUCAUCAAAGACUCGGGAAAGCUUUUUGUGCGACACAACAGCAGGCAGCUGAGCCGGAUCUACCCCUCCGGCCAGCGCCUGCAAUCAUCCAACUAUGAUCCUCAGGAAAUGUGGAAUGGUGGCUGCCAGAUGGUCGCUCUGAACUUUCAAACCCCCGGGGAGCAGAUGGAUCUGAACCAGGGUCGUUUCCUCCCUAAUGGUCGCUGUGGAUACAUUCUGAAACCAAGCUUCCUUUGCAGUACAACGUCUAACUUUAACCCCGAGAACACGGGAGGGGGCCCCGGUCACAUCCCCACCCAGCUGACCAUACGAAUAAUAUCUGCACAGCAGCUGCCAAAAAUCAACACAGAGAAGGCGAGCUCCAUUGUGGACCCACAAGUGUGGGUGGAAAUUCAUGGGGUGGAUAUUGAUAAUGCAAGAGACAAGACUCACCGCAUUGACAACAAUGGUUUCAACCCACGAUGGGACUGCACCCUGAACUUUCAGCUGCAGGUCCCUGACCUCGCCCUGGUGCGUUUUGUGGUGGAAGACCAUGAUCACACUGCCAAAAAUGACUUUGUGGGGCAGUUCACUUUGCCGUUCACAAGCCUGAGAACAGGUUAUCGACAUGUUCAUUUACUGAAGGCAGAUGGCUCCAGUCUGUCCCCUGCCACACUCUUCAUCCAUGUCAAAGUGGGCCGCAAAGGAGUCCACAUUAAAAGUGUGUCCGAGCGAAUGGCUGUGGCCAAAGGCAAGGCAUGACAAGCACUGGUACAUGAAGGGAAGCUGCAUUGGGAGAGAAAGAGCUCUGGGAAAGGAGCUCUGAAUGUUAGAGGAGAGGGGCUGUUGCUGCUGCCAGACCUCCAGUGGUCCAAUUUACACUGAUCCACUUCCCAAAGCAGGCGGAAAGCUGUCAUUUAUCAGAGGAGAAGAAGAAGCGCACAAGCUCUUAGCAAAUGAAAUGCCUCGGGCUUGGUAAUGAAUCCAGGAUAGGCUGUGGGAGUGUCUGGUCCUGUCAGUGCUGACUGCUCUGGAAACAGGCAACUGAGGAUAGUGAUUUAUGAAAAUACUAGUAUGGAAAUUUGUUACAAACUUAACUGAAUGUUAACAACUCUAACAAAUAGAAUAACCCUAAAUCUAAUAGAAAAGAGAAGAUUUUCUAUAUCAGCCUUUGUUUGUGUGAUUUGAGAAAUUUUUAAACAUUUUUACUCUCAAACAUUUGGCUUUAACUUAAAGAUUUAUGAUAUUUUAAUAAGAAACUUAACACAUUUUAAGAGCUUUCAUUAGAAAACUAAGCAUGGUUGCCUGUAAUUAAAAAAGAAUAACAUUAUGUUAUGAACUAUACUGUGAGGUCAUAUAGAUGCCAUAUUUAAAGGUUGUAACAAGUAGUUUUACCCUUAAAGGAUGAACAAAAUUAAGUAUAUCAGUCUUACUUGGUUCUCCAAAUACUUUGCACUUUUUAUUAAUUAAAAGAAAAUCUUCAUCCAAAUAAUAAUAUUCAGUAUUUUUUAUGACUUAAAAAUGAACUUGAAGAAUAAACAGUGUUAACUUAGACAAAUGUUUACCUGAGAUCAUAGUAUUGUUUCAUAAGUUUGCACAUUAAAACAUGUGGUCAGUAAAUCUGUGUUCGAUUUUUUAAAGAUAUUUGUGUGUAGCCUCUUUAUACUGACAACCUUGUAUGACUAUUUUUUUUGCAAAUUCUCAUUAGAAAAUAGUGGGUUUUACACUUAUUGCACCAUGCUAAUCCAAACAACAGUUUCUCUAUACCUUUGUUUAUCAAAUGGUGGGUUUGGACCCAAAAAUGGGUCGCAAAGCCAUUUAGUAGGCUGCAAACGUGUGCCUGGAAAAACGUGGCAGAAAGUGCCACAUGAUCUUAUUUUGAAGAAUAUUUCUUUGUUCCAUUACAUCUUUUGCUCCAUCUGCAGUUCAAACUGCACAAUUUUUCAUCACGAACAUUUGGAUAUGAUUUAAAAAAACUGAAGACACUUUGGUCGCAAUUUGUCAUUAAGGAGGUGAUCCUAGACCAGUUGAGAACCACUGCUCUAGACCAGGGGUUUCCAAACUUUAAACCCCAUAAAAUAAUGUUGCCAGAGACCAGGGAUCCCCACUACUGUACUUUAAGGUGGUUGGACUUGAGUUGAAGACCACUGUACAAUAUUUUUAUAUAUAUAUAUAUAUAUAUAUAUAUGGCGAUAUUUUAUUUGAUAGUAAACUAAAUGUAUGCAUUUUUUUUUUGUAAAAAUUGGUAACAUUUAAAAUUUGACAUAAUUUAAAAAUAUCCUAUGUUUUUGGAAGGCAUCUGGCAAUCCCUCUCAGUGUCUUGCAACCCCCUGGGGGUUCGCGACCCCAAAUUUGGUAAUCACUGCUCUUGACUAUAGUAAAAAAUCAACACAAGGAAGUCCCUUUAUAAUCAAAUGUUGCAGUAAUGAAAAAUGCUGCAUGUGAAUUAAUGUAUUAAUACUUUAAGGUGUUUCAGUAACAUGUAACAUAUUCUGAGUGAAGUCUUAAAGGUAAAAGCCAAUGUUGGAUUGGCAGUUGGUAUUAUGUGCAUAAGAGAAAAGACAAGUCUGUGUAAGACCUUUUUUAUAUAUGACAAAUACAAAAGGACAUAGAAAAUGGUGUCUUUGUCUGUGAGGGGGCUGAGUUGAGCAGAAAUACAUAAAUAUGAAGGAAUAUGUGUUUAAUUCUUGUCGCAGGAGAAAAGUACAUGGGCGGAGGUCAAAUAGGCCCAAGAUAACAUUUGGAAUAAAAAUGAUGAUGAUAUCAUCACAAACUGCAGAAAUAAUCAAAUAUCAAAACACCAGUGAUUCCCAAAGUGGGGCUCCAGGCCCAAAGCGAUGUGGGGAGGCUGAAUAAAAACAAUACACCAUUUCAUACAGCUAGAAAUGCACGGUAAAUUUGGUGAGAAGACUAACAAGCAAACAUGCAGCCAAGGAUGAAUCUAAACAGACAUCAUGAAACAGAAAACAAACUGAAAUAUGUUUUUAUGUAUAUAACGGUAUUCAUUUGUAUGGAUGUGCCUAUUGUUGGGGGCUUCAUUCACUAAAACCUCUCUGCUAUUAUGUCUUAAUGAGAAGUAUCUGGCAAUGAAACUGUCAAUGGGCUGCAAGCUGUGUAAAACUGUGGUCAAAGUUAUGAAUCAUUUUGUAAUAAAACACCUUCCUAAUAUUUUUAAAUUUGCAAAAUUUAUGGUCAAUAAAUCUGUGGUUAAGGCAACGAAUUGUAGAAAAAAAAACAUAUUUAUAGGAACAAAUUUUAUGUUGUUUCAACUUUGUGCUUAUAUCAGGGGUAACCAACUGGCAGCCAGGGCCCACAUGUUGCCCUCCACCUCACUCAAUGCAGCCCUUUGGUCAGUUUCAAAUACCAAUAAGUGUUAUACUUGAGAAAACAUGAAAAAUCUGCCAUGAAAAGAUGAUUAUAUAAACAUUUCUCUUAUAA